CACAGAACGGUCAAAGACCCGCUCCUUCCCUCCUCCCUACCACUCAACGCCUUCCUGUCAACUUUCCACGGCCUGACAACAACAUUCAUCAACCACUUCAGACCAGACCAUUCUUCAACCUCGUUAACUAUCGUACUUUUAUCAAGAUCAAAAUGCCAGCGCUGCCUUGGGAUGAAGAAGGAUGGGAUGAUCUUUCCCGUGAAGAGAAGCUUGAGAGACUCAGACAAUGGAUUACCGAGAACCGCGCCAAAGCUGCAAGUAUUGGUCUCAGUGUCGUCGGACUGACGGUUGUCGCUGCCCCUGCGUUGGUCACGGCUCCUGUUGUGGGUGCUUUGGGUCUACUUGGCUUUGGGUCUGGUGGUAUAGUAGGAGGGUCAUUAGCAGCAGGAGCCCAGGCCAUCAUUGGGAACGUCGCUGCUGGCAGCUGGUUUGCCUCUCUCACAAGCACCGCAAUGGGCGGAUACGGACUCGCUGGCCUUACGACUGCCGUUCAGUCAGCCGGAGUGUACACAUCAGUGACAGGGCUUAUUACUGCCAUGCUGAAUAGAAAUGAAGGUGGAGACGACGAUGAAGACGAUAGUGACGAUACAGAUGGAGCCGGGCCCCCAAGCCCAAAGGGGCCCGAGGAUGACGGAGACGGGUCUGGUGCGGAAAAGACUCCUCGUGCGAGCCAGGAUAAACCGCGAGACAAGGACUUCGACGAAGAGACCACUUUGUUCGAUGACUCAGGGGCCUCUGAUGAAGAGUCGUUCAUACAAGUCCCGGAUCCUUCUCCAAUCGGCCGGCGGAUUAUCAUAGAUCUUUGAGAAGCUUUGCAACUUGGUGUCUAGAGGUACCGAAAACCCAA